ACGAUUCCCUCUUAUCGUAACUCCUGCUUCCGAUCUCGAUCCACUUUCCAGUUUUGUUUUGUCGGACGGUAAAUCAUUUCCCGGCUCUUUUUUGCGAUUCCACAAAAGGGAAGGAGGAAUAAGCAAAAUUUUGAUUUGAUUCCGUUUUUGGGGGUGUUAGUGAUCUUAUAGAUGAAGUGAAAAAAUUCUGAUAUUUGAGGGGAUUAUGUGAGUUAUGGUAUCAUCGGCAACUAUUUUGCGGAUGGUAGCACCAUGUUGGAGGCGACCUUCUGUCAAGGGAGAUCAUUCUACUAAAAAUGACGCUAAUGGUCGAUGUGAUGGUCUUCUUUGGUAUAAAGAUUCUGGUAACCAUGUUGCUGGAGAGUUCUCUAUGUCUGUCAUUCAAGCCAAUAAUCUUCUUGAAGAUCAUAGCAAGCUUGAGUCUGGACCCGUUAGUAUGUUUGAUUCUGGUCCUCAAGCUACUUUUGUUGGUGUCUAUGAUGGUCACGGAGGUCCUGAAGCUGCCCGUUUUGUUAAUAAGCACCUCUUCGAUAACAUCAGGAAGUUUACAUCAGAGAAUCAUGGAAUGUCUGCCAAUGUUAUAACCAAAGCGUUUUUAGCUACAGAAGAAGAUUUUCUUUCUCUUGUGCGGCGGCAGUGGCAGAUUAAACCACAGAUUGCUUCUGUUGGAGCAUGUUGUCUGGUAGGGAUCAUAUGUAGUGGAUUGUUGUAUAUUGCAAACGCUGGAGAUUCUCGGGUUGUGCUAGGAAGAUUGGAAAAAGCGUUUAAAAUUGUCAAGGCCGUUCAAUUAUCGUCUGAACACAAUGCAAGUCUUGAAUCUGUGAGAGAGGAGCUGCGCUCGUUGCAUCCAAAUGAUCCUCAGAUUGUGGUCUUGAAGCACAAAGUUUGGCGUGUCAAAGGUAUUAUACAGGUUUCACGGUCGAUUGGUGAUGCCUACUUAAAGAAAGCAGAAUUCAACCGGGAACCGUUGUUGGCAAAGUUCAGAGUCCCUGAGGUUUUCCAUACGCCCAUCCUUAGAGCAGAGCCAGCAAUUACAGUACACAAAAUCCAUCCAGAGGAUCAGUUUCUUAUAUUUGCAUCAGACGGCUUGUGGGAGCACUUAACCAAUCAAGAAGCUGUUGACAUUGUGAACACAUGCCCACGCAAUGGGAUUGCAAGGAAGCUAAUAAAAACAGCUCUAAGAGAGGCAGCAAAGAAGAGAGAGAUGAGAUAUUCGGAUCUAAAAAAGAUCGAUAGAGGAGUGAGGAGACAUUUUCAUGAUGAUAUAACAGUCAUAGUUGUGUUUCUUGAUUCACAUCUCGUCAGUCGGAGUACCUCACGCCGACCUCUCCUCUCCAUCUCAGGUGGUGGUGACUUGGCUGGACCUUCCACUUGACUUAACUCUCACCACAAUCUAUAUAUAUA